CUGGGCAGACCCUGCCAUGGAGGGUGCCCCCUUGUCUCACGCUGCCCCGUGGUGUUGGGGAAAACGAGGGCUUCCCCAUGGAGGGAGUGCUCUGUCCCGGAGAUCAUCCAGGCAGAAAGGGCGCUAGGGCCUGCCGAGCACGUAGAUUUCCGAGCAGGGGCCCUUGUCCCUACAGUGGACGGCUGUCUGGGUUUGUGGUUAAGGCACAUGCUGGGGAACGGUUUUGCACUGGGCACUGCUAGGGCCAGUCACAAAUCAGGCCUGUAUGCUUCAGAUCUGACGGCCAGGAGGGACCUGAGGCGGAGCUGCUGCCUAGCACAGUCCAGAGAAUUCCACCCCGUCACCCUGCACGGAGCCCAUGGCUUGUGUCUGGCUAAAGCGUCACUUCCAGAAAGGCUGGAGAGCUACUGGCCCGGGUCAGGGUGGGGGUUGCAGUUGCACUGACCCAGUGGGAAUUCUGUGCAGGACCUUGAAUUCCAGGUGCUCCCCGGUGCAGGGGCGGCAUAACAACAUGGCUAGCCCCCAUUGGAGGAAGCAGCAUGGGCCAGGGAGCCCUCGCCUUCCUCCUCCCCAGGGUAGCUGUUCUUGUGCUCGGGCCAGGGGAAGGGCAGCGACCGAGACCAGGGGUGAGUGGUUGAAAGGAUGGGAGGCUCAUUACGCUCCCCUUUCCGCUACAGUACCUGGUCGGGAGCCAGACCCCACCGGGCUCUCUGUGCCUCAGUUUCCCCACAGGUUGGCCAUUUUGCAGAUGGGGCUAAAGCUGCUGCUGUUUGUAAAGCUCUGCGGUGGGAGGGAGGAAAGGUAGACUGUUGCAAAGAGAGAAUGACAUGACGUGUGGAGGAAGUAACACUGAGAGCUUGUGGUCCAAGGGAGCUGCAGCUAUGUAGAGGUGACUGUCGUCUCAGUGUCUUCUUCAGCGGCGACGGGGGAAGCAAAGCUCCCAGGAGGCAGAUCCCCCCUGCUGCGAGAGCAUGGGCUGGGGCCGUGCUCAGCUCCCCCUGCUUGCUCUCCUGGCUCUAGCCCUCCAAGCCCCAGAUCCUGGAUUAACCCAAGCACUGACUCCCCGCCGCCAGGUGAAUGGGAUUCUGGGAGGAUCGGUCGUGCUGUCUGUGGAUCUAUCCCCUGGGAAAAAGGUGAAAGAAAUCGAAUGGAGUUUCAGUGCUGGGACAGGUGUGACGAUCCAGCUGGCUGAGUUCAAUGGAGGGAAGUUUGAGCGACCCGAUCCCAGCGACAGAUUUCAGCAGAGGCUAGAAAUGUACGAGACCUCACUGAGGAUCAAGGCUCUGGAGCUGGGUGAUAGCGGAGUUUAUGAGGCCCGGGUUAAGAUCGUACCAGCAACUGUGGAAGAUCAGGCCUUUCUCCUCGCGGUCUGUGAGCCCGUUCCAAUGCCAAAGAUAUGGAUUCACUCGCUCUCCAGCACGGCUGAUGGGUGCAAUGUCACUCUGCAGUGUCAGGCGUCUGGCAGGGAAGAGGUUAAUGUCUCCUGGACGAGAGGGAACCCGCCCCGAGGCCUGGGCAAUUCUGAGCGGUACCAGCUGGCCCCUGAUGGCAGGACCCUCCGCCUGUCUCUGCAGCCCAACCCCCUGAACUCUACCUUCACCUGCACGGCCAACAACCCUGGGGACCAGAAGAGCAUCUCUCCUGACCUGCAGAGCGUCUGCCAAAGCGGAGGUUUCAACCUGUGGUCUCUGCGGAGCUGUUCCAGGCAUGGUGCAGGGAAGGCAAGGCGGACCCUGCAUGCAGACCACGGAAAGGGGCAGCUGACGGUCUGUCGAGCUAGGUACUUGAAUGACCUCCACCGCUGAAGUACCUGCCAGGACUUGGAAACAGCCAGUACCAUGGUCGGUAUUACAGCGCUGCAGCAGGAUGGCCUCACCACUGCAGUGUAGACGUACCCUGAGGGCCUUUUGCCUCAUUCUGGCCGCACCAAGUGGGUAGAAUGAAAAGGGGUAGAAAUUACAGUUACAUUCACUUUAAGGCUGCUCUAGGUUUCCAGGGCCAUGUAAAGGGGCCUCAUUGUCGAUGUUUAUGUGUAACCAAGGAAGUCGUUUACACCAGAAUAAAGUCAUUUCUCUUCCAGCA